GUCGAAUGCUGCUUCAGAGCCUCGCCGUGUUCCUCGUCCACCGUGCUCUCGGUGCUGUGGACGAGUCGUUAAGCUGCUUCUUCCUCUCCCUCCUCUUCCAUCUUCGCACCUGAACGAACCCGCCGCGCUUAUCGCUGAAUUUUCUCCCAUCCUCACUCUCCGGCCAUCGUCCAUGGGUGAUGACACCCGCUGACCCAGGUUGCAAGCUUGCAAUUGCACGCCCCGCCAACAGAUUGUCAAAUGGAUUCGCUAAAGCCUGCUGGUAUUGACCACGAUCGAUACCGCAAAGAGGUUCUCCUUUUUCCCUCGGAGGAAGCAGAGACCGCGGCGGAACGCAGUCUGUUCGAUGAAGCGUGCCAACUGGGCCUAGAGAUCCCCGAAGUCGAAACUGCUGGGUCGCUGGCCGCGUCGGUCACGUCGAGCGUGGCUGAACUGUCAUCUCCAUCUCCCGUCAUCUCGUCCGUCUGCUCCGACUCUACUACCACCGACCGCCCUUCAUUUGGCGAUGCGACGAAUCCCACAUGUCGCGACAGAUUCGCGUUGGAUAGCCUCUCCCCGUCGCUGUCCGAGGUCACCCUUUCCUCAAGUCGGGCCAUGCCGGGUAGCCCGCGAUCGAUCGCAUCACGCUCAACACGUCCACCGUCCUUCAGUUCCGGCGAGGGGACUCCAGGUGGUGCACUGGAUAGGGUUCGGCGUCACAGCUCCGCUUUGAAUGCCGUCACUCCCGAGAAGAAGGAGAAAAGAAGAAGGAGCUUGGUAUUGGCGUUUGGCAAAAUAUACUCUCAUUCUCGAAAGUCCAGGUCACCUUCUACGUCGUCUUGGCCGUCCACUGUUCCUGUUCCCAGUCCUGCCCAGUCGACCAAGACAUUGAGGGAACGGCAUGAAACUUACGCGGAACUGAAGAAAGGGAAGGCCAAUAAUGAUGACGAUGUCCAUAGGCCCGAUGGUAAGAGAGAGGUCCUCAAAGUUGAGAUCCCAGUGUACGACGAUGCGGCAUUACAAAGGAGCGUGAACGACCCGGAAUUAGCGGAGAUGUUCGAACUGCACAAGGCACAGCGAAACCGCUAUCUUGAGUUUCAGACAGCCAGUCUUCAUGAACUGCGACGAAAACAGCAGACCGCUGUGGCUGAGAUGCUAUCUCAGCACAAACGUCUGGAGGAUGAGAAACGUGAAAUGAAUACUCUCGUCACCUCUCGGAUGGAAGAAAGACAGCUGGCAGUGGAAAUGGACCAGCGACGGGAAUUUGAAAGAGCGAAAAUGAAUUCGCGCACUCGUAUCAAGCAUAUGGAACAAUAUUUCAACAAUUCUACCCCUCCACCACCACCUACACCAAGGACUGAAUCCAGUGACAAUGGACGCGACGUCGCACAGCCAGUCCGGCGGUUCACUUCCCGACAAAAGGCACAGUUGGCUCAGGAGUAUCGCCAGUACGAAUCAAUGGAUCAGCUGCACGAAGCCAAAAUCAAGGUCCUCCGUGAUCGCCAAGAAAGAAAACUACAGGAAGCCAUAGCACGUACCGAAAAGGAACUGGAUGAUCUGAUUGAUCUCCACGCCGAAGAUUUAACAGUCCUCCAGCAGGAGCACCGACGGGAAGAAGCUUCCCUAAUGCAUGCCCUCGAUUCGAAGAAAAUAGCUCUUCAACGUCGUUGGUAUUUGGAGGAAGCCGUUUUACGCAAGAAACUUGGAUUGCGACAUGGACAGCCCUAUGGGCCUCUCCCUGACAUAUCAUUCAGCGAGCAACCUGGCCAAGCGAGAGAUUCUGCAAUUUGCGUGACGGCGGACAACAACAAUAAUAAAAAAACAGGACCUACUACCGAGUGUGAUGAAAAGAAGUCGUCCUCUUAUCAGAGGUCGCCUGGUGAAUCUACCUCUGGCUCUGGCUAAACAAGCGUGAUUUCGAUGCCCCCAAGUGAUACCCGUACCACCCCCUUCCAAAGCAAUAUAUGCACCGGCUUUCAAUAGCAUUAAUGUCUACAUCCUGCAUUUUGGAAUUAGUUCGUCGUUGUACGGCGUUUGUUUAUUGCAUAUGGUUGUUGCAUGAUACAUUAUAUUAUACCUAUACUACUUACUCCCCUACCCCCUCUUACCUCUAUUCUAUACACGAC